ACCUCUCCAAAACCAUGUACAUCUAAAUACUCUCCCAUCCCCAACAAUCAACAAUUAUUUGUGCCUCCUCGGUGAUACGGGUUAUUAACCGACUCAAGAGAUUCCUAUUUUUCCGCUAAGUAGAUCACAUUCGUCACCCACUCUCCCUAUAUAAUGAAACCUUCUAUCGUUUUACAUCACUCUCUCCCCGCGAGUACAUAACUCGGGGUUCCUUUUUCACGAUUCCCGAAUAUUUUCCAUCAUUUUCCUUCUAAAGAAAAAAAAAAAAACUCGAUUCGAAAUUCGAUCUCUUCUGUAUCUUUCGCUAUUUACCAAUUCAUCGCUUUUGUAAUCUACAUCGCAGUUAGGGUUUCGAUUUUUUUGGAUAGCGAGAGGGAUUUUUUUUGUUAGGGUUUGGUUUGUGGUUAUUUUCCUUUGCGAUUGAGUAUGGGGAGUGUUGAUCGAGAUGAUAAUCGGAUUUUCGAGGCUAAUUUCACUACCGAUGGAGCGAAGAAGUUGGGGGAAAUUGUGAAGGAAAAGCUUAAGGAAUUCAUGGGGGAAUACUCGGAUGAUACUUUUGUGGAGUAUGUUAUUGUGUUAUUGAGGAAUGGUAAGAGUAAAGAACAAGCAAAGAGUGAGUUGGAUGUUUUUUUGGCAGAUAAAAGUGAUGCUUUCGUGUGCUGGUUGUGGGAUCAUCUACAUUUGAAUUUAGCUUUGUAUGUAAAACCGAAGAAAUUGCAGGAUGAAGCUCCCAGAAGGAAGCUUACAUCGGAAAUUGAAGCUGCCGUUAAUUCAAAUUUAAAAUUAGAAAGAGGAAAUUCUAAUAAGUUUUCUAGAACUCGGCAUAACAAAGAUUGGAAAGGUUUGGGAAGGGGAGAAGCUGAAGCAAGAGCCCCUACUAUCAGCAGCUCCAAGGUUGACAUUGCUCAUUUAGAUGAAAAAGUCCGCCGAAAAGUUGACCAUGGUCCAAGGUCACCAUCUCCCAAACCUGAAUCCACAGUUCAGAGGAAAAGGGGCCGAACUGAUGAAAAACAUAGGACUAAGCGGGGUGUUGCCUCACAAGUAACUGGUGCAGCUUCUCGACGGCUGCUUCAGUUUGCAGUUCGAGAUGCAGUGGGUACUUCAAGGACAUCAAAUCUUGGCACAUCAGUGGAGCCUUCCUUAAAACGUCUUCGAUCUGUAGUUUCUACAUCCUCUGGUGAUUCAUCUCUGGUUGAACAUUAUCAGCGUGUGCAGCCCACUGCCAGGGUGCCAAAUGCAAUGGCUACAGUGAUUAAGGCUGUGGCGGAAGCUGCAGAGGACGUGAAGUCCAAAUCCUCAGGAAGUGUAUUUGAUAGACUUGGUUGUGGUAUGGAUUCGUCAGCUGAUAACAGCCAACUUGAUUAUCAACAGCAGGAGAAAAAUCAAUCGAUGCAUCUUCCAAGAACUGAUUACGAUGGGCAAUUUGCGACACAUACAACUAUGAUUGAACAUGAAACUGGUUUUCCUUCUGAUUCUAAUUCAGAUAAUGAUUCUAAUUCAGAUAAUGAAGGGUGUCAUGAUUUAAAUGUCAUAGGCCGUGGGGUGACUGGAACUUCUCAAAUCAGCUCCUCUGUUGGAAACAGGGGCAAUGAUUCACUCAUGGAGCAGUGUAGUGUAGCAAAAAAUGCUGGCGAUAGUUUGCGUCUAAAUCAGAAUCGAGAACAGGACCAAUCUGCCGCUGCACGCAACACUUCCCGUAAAAUAGUGAAUAUUUCUGUUAAUGUAAAUACUUGGAAGCCGGAGCAGUAUCAGGAACCAAGAGUGGUUGCAGAAUUUAAUGGUCAUAAAACUUUAGGCAAUGAAACUGGAGGUCCCAGAUCGAACAUGCAACUGGUGAAGGAGAAUACACAAGCAAUGAAAAUUAGUAAUGGAAAUGUAAACAUUGCUCCUGAUGUUCAGAACGAGUCAAUCAAGGCACACGGUACUACUGGUUCUAGUGUUGCCGGUCGUCCUUUAGAAGAUGUGGAUUCCAGAACAAUUUUUGUUAGCAAUGUUCAUUUUGCUGCUACUAAAGAUGGCUUGUCUAGGCAUUUUAAUAAAUUUGGGGAAGUGUUGAAAGUGAUCAUAGUUACUGAUGCUGCAACUGGGCAGCCAAAAGGGGCAGCUUUGGUAGAAUUCAUGCUAAAAGAAGCAGCAGAUAAUGCACUAUCUCUAGAUGGCACUUCUUUCAUGUCACGAAUUCUCAAGGUGGUAAAGAAAAGUGCUGCCCCUCAAGAAUCUGCUCCAACCACAACAUGGCCACGAGUUGUUAGGGGAUCUCCAUUUCCUACUGCUAGGUUUCCCAGACCACCCUUUGCAAGAGGUAUGCCUGGUUCAUUUAGACCUCGGCCUCCAAUGAAACUGGGUGCAAGGAGCAUGCAAUGGAAGCGAGGUGCUCCGACUAAUCCAGCCGACAGUGGUUCAUCAGUGAAUACCAGCAAUUUUACAACACCUGCAACUCCUCGUGGUCUCACCUACAUUAGAACACCAUCUAAGCCAGAAGGCUUGGGUACGGGUACGGGUACGGCAUAAUUCAAAUAUCGCGAGGCUUGGGUACGACAUAAUUCUAAUAUUGAGAUGGUGAUAACCGAAAGUUAAACCAGAGUCUUCAUGUCUUAUAUCAUAUAAAUUGGUAAAAAAAAAAUAUUAAUGUAAGGAGACAGCUGGAUUAAUUUCUGAAUAUUUCUUGUGUACAUGGAGGAUAUUUGAAUAUUUAGAUACUAAGAUAUCUAUUUAGGUAGUAAACUGCAUUAAAUAAUGUCUAUUUUUGGUCUUCGGCUGAAGCUACUACAGAAGAGGAGGAUGUUUAUUGCUGGAGAGUGUUUCUCUGGUUUUUGUUUUGUAAGUGUCAGUGAAAGAUUUAAUAAGAAAAAAAAAAGGAAAAAAGGAAAAAGGAAAAAAUUGAGUUUCAUUGGACGACUUCAUUUACUUCAUUGCUAUUGCUAAUAUAAUCAUUUUAUUCUUUCUGUA